AUGUGUGUGUCCUUUCCUUCACAGAAUGUCAGGGUAGACCCCAACAGCCUGUCCUUCGAAAUGUGGAAGCAGAUCCCGGUUCCCUUCUACAUGUCUGUGUACCUGUUUCACGUCCUGAACUCGGAGGAAGUGAUGAAGGGGGAGAAGCCCAGCCUUCAGGAGCGGGGCCCCUACGUCUACAGAGAAUACAGAGAGAAAAGAAACAUCACUUUCAAUGACAAUGACACGGUGUCCUUCUUAGAAUAUCGGACUUUUGUGUUCCAGCCUCAAAUGUCCCAUGGCUUAGAAACCGAUUAUAUCGUGAUGCCCAACAUCUUGGUCUUGGUGUCCUCGGUGAUGAUGGAACACAGACCCAUGUCCAUGAAACUGCUCAUGAGCCUGUCAUUCAGCAUGUUUGGCCAGCGGGCCUUCAUGAACCGCACGGUGGGGGAGAUCAUGUGGGGUUAUCGCGAUCCCCUCAUUGAUCUGCUGAAUAAAUACUUCCCUAACAUGUUGCCAUUUAAGGAUAAAUUUGGCUUAUUUUCACAGUUAAACGACUCCAAUUCAGGAUUGUUCACUGUGUUUACCGGGGUCAAAGACUUCAGCAAAAUCCAUCUGGUGGAUAAGUGGAAUGGUAAGAGCAAGUUAAACUUCUGGAAUUCAGACCAGUGCAAUAUGAUUAAUGGGACAGCUGGACAGAUGUGGGCCCCUUUCAUGACUCCAGAGUAUAACCUUCAAUUCUACAGCCCGGAGGCCUGUCGGUCUUUGAGUUUUGAAUAUGAAAAGUCAGGAGAGUUCAAAGGUAUUCCUACUUAUCGAUUUGUGGCCCCUAACACCAUAUUUGCCAACGGGUCUGUGUACCCACCGAAUGAAGGUUUCUGUCCUUGCCUGAAGUCGGGAAUCCAGAAUAUGAGCUCUUGUCAGUUAAGUGCCCCGCUCUUCCUUUCCCAACCACAUUUCUACAACGCCGAUCCAGAGCUGGUUGAAUCUGUGAUCGGGCUCCAUCCCAGCAAGGAAGAGCACUCCCUGUUCCUCGAGGUACACCCAGUAAGUCAGCGCACGCCUCCAGAGCGGGAAGGGGUCCCGGGCCAUGUCGUGUUGGGGAGGGCGCUGCCAGCCCGCUAAGGGCUUUCUUAUCGGAUGCAGCUGCGUGGUGCAGUAGAUAGAGUUCCAGGCCUGGAGUCAGGAAGAGCCAAGUUCGAAUACAUCCUCAGAGAAGCGGUGUGUCCCUCACUUAACCCUGUUUGCCUCAGUUUCCUUAUCUGUAAAAAUGAGCU